UGCUCUUCCCCCAGAUUCUGGGCCCUCAAUCAAUCACUUAAUCCCCUGUGCAUCCAGUGUGUCACACCGAUGUUUGACCCUCAGCAGGCAGGGUCACAGCCUGCUGGCUUUGUCCUGCUGGCGUAACACGGAGGCGGGGCGGGGAUUAUAAAUCUGGGAGAACAUCACAUGUUCCCCAGUGACACCUGCUGCAACAGCCACGCAGCCCGGAGUCCCAGACUUCCCUGGCUCCCGCGCCUGCAGGCGACCUCCAGGGUGAGUGGCUCUGCGGUGGGAACAUUGGGCCCCUGCUCAGAGUCCUGGGCCUACAGCUGAAGCUGCCUAGAAAGCUGGAGCCACAGCAUCCUACACCCAAAGAACUGGCGAGUCGCCUUCUGGGCAGGUGCUGGAGGGCCCUUGUAGGUGCCGAAGGCCACUUCUGAAGUUGGGGCAUCCCAAGGAGGCACCAGCAGCCAAGAUGUCCACACAGAGCCCUCCCGACCUGGAGCCCGAGGCCUUGGACCUGCGGUCUGGGAUCCCAGGGGCCCCAAGCCACCAGCGGCGCCACACACUUCCCGCCAGUGAGUUCCGCUGCCUCACUCCGGAGGAUGCUGCCAGCGUGUUUGAGAUCGAGCGUGAAGCCUUCAUCUCUGUCUUGGGCAUCUGCCCCUUGUAUCUGGAUGAGGUCAAGUACUUCCUGACCCUGUGUCCAGAGCUGUCCCUGGGCUGGUUCCAGGAGGGCCGCCUCGUGGCCUUCAUCAUCGGCUCGCUUUGGGACCAGGAGAGACUCACUCAGGAGUCGCUGACGCUGCACCGGCCCGGGGGCCACACUGUCCACCUGCACGUGCUGGCAGUGCACCACGCUUGCCAGCGGCAGGGCAAGGGCUCCACGCUGAUGUGGCGCUACCUGCACCACCUGGGCAGUCAGCCAGCAGUGCACCGGGCCGUGCUCAUGUGUGAGGACAGACUGGUGGCCUUCUACCAGAGGUUCGGCUUCAGCCUUAUGGGCCCAUGCGCCAUCACCCUGGGCUCACUCACCUUCAUGGAGCUCCAGUGUUCCACGCAAGGCAACGGCUCCCUGCGUCGGAACAGCGGCUGCUGACACCUGCCGCCCCAUGGUGCCCACAGCCACCCGGCACCGGUGUCCCCUUCUCUCCCCAGCCCAGGCUGUAUGCCGAACUGUGCUGGAGGUGGGGCUGGGUUGGUAACUGGGGACAGCAGGAGGUGUCCUGCGACCCGCCUCGGUGACUCCCUCAUUUUCAGGAACCGAUGGUGGACCCUCUGGGCAGGCAGCCUCCUCGACUCACGCGAGGUGCCUGGUUCUCAGGCCCUUAUUCUCCCCAGCCUCAGGGACUUCCGUUCUCGUCCUCAGCCCCAGAAUGGGGCGUACCUGGGAGCAAGGAAGAGCAAGGGCUACCUCCCAGCUACCCCCACGUGCCCCCCACCCCUCGCCUCGGAAACCCCGGGUCCUGUUCCCUCUAAUAAAA